GAAGGUGUUGUGCAGCGAGGCCGCGGGAGUGUAGGAAACAUGUACGAAGUUACCCAAGUUCAAAAGAACAGUAACCAAAGAAAGACUGUAAAAGAUCCAGCAUUAUGGUUGUGAAUAAGAGAAUCAAGACAGUCUGUAAAAGAGAAGGAAUUUGUGAGACGAAAAGCUUCCAACACCACGUUAUUUUGGAGAGGAGAGCUGAAUGCGCUAGUCAGCGACCAAGAACUGCAUAAUCCAUGGAGGGAGGACAUGGCUUCGGCGGCAGAGCGGCGUAUCAAAUGCUGCUAACGUUGAUGCUGACGUCGGCGGUGACAGGGCACACCUACGCGCUUAGGAGUGGAGACGAACCCUUCAUCUACAAGAACAUUGCCAGUCGUUACCCGCAUAUGUUCACCUUCGAAGCCAGGAUGGUGGGCACAACUACCUCAGGUGACGAGAUGAAGAUGCUGCUUGGGAUGUGUAAGGAGGACCGCCAAGUGGUGAUGACAAAGCUACCUGUCACCUCUACAGUGGCAACCACCCAGAACAAUGCAGACAAUCAUGUCCUAAAUACAAUAGAGAACAUGGUGGAGGUGAUGAAGAUGGAAGAAGACAUGAGCAACUCCAAGAAAAAGAUGCUGCCAACUUUGAAGAAGAUGGUGGAUUCUGUCAAUUCCACCAUGAAGCUACAGACCAGGAUGUCACCCCAGACUUCUAACCAGACACUCAUCAACCUCCAGCAGACUGUGCUGGAGUUCCUUGCCAUCAGUGGCAUAGAAGCUCUGUUACCCCUUGACUGUGGCAAGAAUCCCAAGAGCCCUAUGGACCCAGUGCCCAGCACAGGCUCUUACCCAUGGGUGGCAGCACUCGGCUCUAGUGAGGAUGGCAGAUUUCAUUACCGCUGCAUUGGUGUUCUUAUCACACAACACCACAUCCUCACUGAUGCCGAAUGUGUUACUUCACCAAACGUCAACUUAGUGAUGAUGAACGUAACUGACGCUCCAGGGCCAGGAGCUGUAUUCAAUUAUGUGGCAGGGCGUAGGGUUCAUCCCGCCAUCAAGAGCAGUGAGGAUCUUCUAUCUGGUAACAACAUUGGCAUACUGGAAUUGGCUCUACCUUAUGAAUUUAAUGAUGAUAUUCAGCCACUAUGUCUGGCUGGACAAUUUGAAGAACCCGACCCAAAUGAGAGAAGUGAAGUGACCAUCAUCGGCUAUCAAGUCACAGAUACUCCAACUGGACGCAUGGCAGGUCUCUACAACUGGCCAAAGUCCCGUACUUUGGGUUCUGCAUUUUGCUAUGUAGCCUUAAAGUCUCUGAAGGAAGAAAACCCAGGUAUUAAAACUACUUUGGAAGACAUCCUUACAAAAAAACACCUUUGUGUUGACAGAAACUUUGAUCUGGUAGGAAAAUCAAUUAUUUUAAGAGUGGAUGAAGACACAGGACGAGUGAGGAUGGUGGGACUUGGUGGAGUGGCUAAUGCUGCCAAGACUAACCCCAUUGCCUACACCCUUGUCCAACCUCAUCGUUUUUGGAUAGAGCUUGUCUUGAAGAAGUUUCAAGACAACACAACACCACAAAGACCUGCCUCACCUUCAUCAGAUUCAGUCAUGAGUUAAAGUUUUUACCCUUCAUACAUUUGAAUACUUUUUACCUUUCCCAACCAAAUUUAUCAGUAGGCAUUUAUAGGUUUCAAACUUUUAAGUUUUACACCAGGUAUUCGUUAUAUGCAAGGGUUACAUUCUGAGAAGAGCUUGCAUAAUGAGAAUUCGCAUGUGUCGAACCUAUCAUCACAUUAAUUAUAAGGGGUUAUGUUCCACGAUCCAUUUUUGAACACAAAAUAUUUAUUCCACCACCGUUUCACAAAUAAAUAAAUAAAUAAAUAAAUAAAUAAAUAAAUAAAAUAAAAUAAAGCACUAAAGCAACAAUAAAACACAUUAGUAAAGAUAAAUUGUAAAAUAUAAUAUGAAAAGACAUUGUAAAUAAACAAAAACAAAAACAAAAAUUGAAAUUGGGGGCUGUGGUGUGAGAAAAGAGCGAGAAAACAUCUGCACCUACUGCCCUCUAGUGUGAGUCAUUCACCCUACCUCACCAACCAGUCACAGCACCACUGCUACUUGCAUAAUGGGGACUUUUCUCACAUAUUAAGAAUACUUGGCACAUUUAGGUUAGUUGCAUGUAAUAGAAUUCACAUAUAUUAAAUACCCAGUGUAUUAUUAAACUUAUGUUUUCUAUUGUGAUACUUGCUUUUUAACUUUUGUACAGAUCAUUUUCCUGAUUGUAUGAGUAAAAAAAAAUCAGCAUUAAAGUGUUUCCAAGUUCAUCAAA